UCCCUCAGAUGACCCCUGCUACAGCUACACUGUACUGGACGAACCUUGGAGAGCCACUGACUAUCAGAAUGACUCUGUCUUAAUGUGUGACCGGGAUGUGAAUUGGUUUGGCUGGUAUCGUCUCUUCAUUCAUGGCCAGAGUGCCCAGAUGCCAAACACAUGUAUUGAUGAGUACAAAUGUGGCACUCAUGCCCCACUGUGGUUAAAUGGUGAACACCCAAAAGUUGAGGAUGGAGUGGUCACCCGAGGUGUCUGUGGUCACUGGAACAAUAACUGCUGCUAUUACAAUUCUACUCCCAUUAGAGUGAAAGCCUGUCCAGGCGAUUAUUAUGUCUAUGAAUUUGUCAGGCCAUUUAUGUGUGCUGUGGCUUACUGUGCAGAUGUUGGGAACAUCAACACUAUCUAUACAACUAUCACACCAGAGACCAAUUCAUCUGAACCAUGUGGUGGCAAUAUGACAGAUUGGAGGGGUGUAUUACUCAGUCCCCGGUACCCUAAUAACUACCCUAAUAACGCACAAUGCACCUGGACCAUUCACAGCACAGGGAACACAACUGUGUCACUGAUCUUCACUGACGUUGAUUUGGAGACAUGCUGUGAUUACAUCAAAGUAUAUGAUGGUCCUUCUACCCACCACCCCUUACUGGGAGAAAUACGGGAGUACAGGAACCAGUCUUUCAGAUCCAGCAGCAAUGAUCUGACUGUGUUAUUCUACAGUGAUCACAGUGUCACACGUAGAGGAUUUCACGCAAACUGGGUCUUUAUAGCUGGGAUGUGA